GUUUCCCCAAUAAUAAUACACAAAAUCAAGAGCCGUAACAUAAUUAUAGUAAUAACAAUUUGUAGUAAAGUGAAUACAAUUUAUGAUUAAUACCAUUAGAUGACAGUGACAGUAUUAUCAGAACACAACCCUUAGACUAUGAACCCAAUGGAGGACUUGGUUACGAGUUUUUUCGGGCCAUGAAAUUUUAUAAAAAUAAUGUUGCACAGUACAUUGUAGAAACUGGCGAAAAAGACACAUUUAAAGAGCUUUUAAAAAGAUCGAUCAGAACGGCACUCAACAUGAAACUGGAAGGCCUCACAGAAAACGAUCUCGUCUGUUUAUGUUCAUACAAUCAAAAAGACAUAUGUGCCCCUUUCAUAGCAUCAAUGUUCCUCGGAUUGAAGGUUACAUCACUAGACCCAAGUCUCUCAAUGACCGACACAGCAUACCUUUUAAAACAAGUAAAACCUACUAUCAUUUUUAUCGUCCCAGAAGCCUUAAACCUGAUCGAAAAUUCCAUCGAACAAGCUGAAAUUAGUUGCAAGAUCGUAAUUUUCGGCAACUCGGACACACACCAACAAUUUGAAGAGUAUCUAAUUCCAAAUAGCGAAGAACACGAUUUCAGACCAGUUGUCGUAUCACCAGAAGACACCGCUGUAAUAUUUUUCAGCAGCGGCACCACAGGUCUCCCCAAAGGGAUUUGUCAAAGCCAUUAUGCUCUUCUAGCACAAGCUGUUAAUGUGAUAAAUUAUGGCGCUAUUACGUCUGUGAGUUUGUAUUACUCUUCCCUUUAUUGGAUAUCUGCUGUUUUGUUUCUGACGGCGUCUGUAUUAUCAGGGACGGCUAGAGUUAUUUGUCAAAGCUUUGAUCCGACACAAAUUUGGAAAAUAUUAGAUAAAUACGAGGUGUCCUUUGCAUUUCUCGCCCCUAGCCAAGCCUCAGAAAUGCUAAAAGUCGGCAGACCAGACAACGUUGACACCUCCAGCCUCCUCUGCGUGCUAACAGGAGGCGGUGUUUUUCCAGAAAAACAGUCACUAGCUUUAAGGGAUUUACUACCCGGAACCUACAUAAGCCAAGGCUAUGGACAAACAGAAGUCGCAGGUGUGCUAACUUGCUUCAACAUGAACGAUGUAAAAGACACUUUAAGAUUACACUACAAGCCCUCUUCAUGCGGCCGCCCGAUUCACGGAAUUUGGUACAAAAUCGUCGAUGUUGAAACUGAAAGAAAUCUAGGACCAAACGAACAAGGCGAACUCCGAGUCAAAACAAAAUACGCAAUGAACGGUUACUACAAUCUAGAUUCAUCUGAAAGUUUCGACGCUGAUGGUUGGCUUAAAACCGGAGACGUCGUUUAUUACGACGAAGAUUACUGUUUUUAUGUCGUUGAUCGGAUUAAAGAAAUGUUGAAGUAUAAAUCGUGGCAUAUUGCGCCUGCGAUGUUGGAGAAUAUUCUCAAUAAUCACCCGUCGAUUAAACUGUCGGUGGUUAUAGGAAUCCCUGAUGAAGAUGACGGAGAUCACCCAAUGGCCAUUGUGAUUUUAAAUAACCCAGAAGAUGAAAUUACAGGUGAAGAAAUCGAAGCAUACGUGGCUGAAAGGGUCCAAGACCGCCAAAAACUCAGAGCGGGGGUUAAAUUCGUCACCAGUUUUCCGAUCACCCCUUCUGGAAAAAUUAAAAGACGUGAAAUAAAACAAAUGAUACUGGCGGGACAAAUUUAAAUACACUAGUUAGGAAAUUUACCAUCAAUUAUUAUUGCUGAAAAUUCGUAACAUUAAAUAAACAUUUAACCAGCACAACAUACAGAAAAAGUUUAAAAUAAUUUUACCAACAAGUUUUCAUCACAGACACAUGUUAACACAAACAAAGCUAAGACUUUAUCACAAAUAAAAUUGGAGGGUUGUUUGCAAAUAUUUGUGCUACUUUUUCAGUUACGGCAGUAGAUACCCUGUGAACAUUAAUGUAAUAAAAUAAUUUAAAUCCUGUUGUAUUCUCUAAGAAAAGUAUUUACGUGGUUAUUUAUCUUUUUUACUUUCAUCCUCGCUUAAAAUUGUCUCACUUGUGACAUCGUCAAUUCGUGUUUUAUCAACAGGAUACAACCUGAAAAAAAUAUUCUUAUCAUAAAAUCACAACAAAGGACAAACUCACCAUCUUUGAUAUAAAUAUAUUAAGAAUACUACGUCAUCCCUGAAGCAUGCCACUCGGUGUGCUGUGGGCAUUGUAAUA